AUGCUUGACAUCACAUUACAUCACUACCAACCAAGCAAUAAUUUAAAUGGUGAUUCAUCUGUAUCUUUGCUUCAACAAGUAAUUCAUGAACGUAAUUUGUUAAAGUCGCAAAACGAUCAAUUAUGGAAACUCGUAGAAAAACAAAAGGCUACGAUAAAGAAUCUACAACUAGAUAAUCAAAAAUUAAUUAGUGCUAGAGAUAAACUUCUAACAAAACUUAAAAACAUUGAUACACUUAAAGUCAAAACCAUAUCAAAUCAAAUACAUCCACAAUCUCAGCAAGCACAAUCUAAACAAACACAAAAUGUUAAACAAAAUGAUAAUGAUAGUCAACAACAUCGACACCCUCAAUCAAAUUCUUCUAUACAAAUACUUCUUCCCUACCAACCUAUUCAUAACGAUUCCAUAAGUUCUAUACUUUCGAAUUCAGGAACUUCUGUUAAUGCUCUAGCAGGUAACUAUGCCAAUCUAGAAUCACCUAAUACUUCUAAUGCUACAGUUAAAGAUGAUAACAACAACAAUAAUUCAAAGACACUUAAUGAUGAGCAUGAUUCACUAAUAUUAAAUCCACCAAAUGUAAAUAAUAAUCAAAAAUUAGAUGUUUCUUUAAAUGAUAAUACUAUAUCAACUACUUCAAUGUCCACUGGCAAUAAAUCUUCUUCUCCUAGCCCUAUAAUUCCUCCUAAAUCCUCUCAACGUCAAAGUUCAAUCAGAAUUAGUAAUAAUCUUAUUCUAAAUUCCCCUUCUCAAAAACCUGACAGUUUUAAUAAUGAUAAUAACCAUGAAUUCCAAAACGAUAAUAAUUCUCCACAUCAUCGUCCUCUUUCACCAUCAAAUUCAAUAAUGUCAGUUAACUCGGCUAAAAGUUAUCACAAUAAUGUUAAUGCUCAAUCUAUUAAUGUUGAAUCAGAUAUUAAUGAUCCUGAUCCACUUGGUCAAUUUCCACAACCUACUCAUAGAGAUCCGCCUGAAAAUCUCGAUGAAAAUGAAUCAUCGGUAUCCUCUUCACCUACUUCAUCUGUCAUAUCGUCAUCUUCAUUUACUAAAAAUAACAACUCACUUAAUGUGCCCGAACCUCUCGGCUUACUAGUUAAUAAAAAUCAACUAACUCCGCCGCAUUCUCCCGGACUACCUAGCUCUCCUAAAGCUUUCCUACAUCAUAAUUUAUCGAACACUAGUAUUAAUAGUAUGAAUAAUGAUAAUCCAAAUCCCAGCCACCAAAACAUUUAUCAAAUGAAACAACCGUCUGUCAAAUCUCAAUCGAACUCUUCUAAAUAUUCUCGUAUUCAUAGCGAUUCUAAUGAAAAUAAUAGAGCUCUUAAAACUAGUAAAUCGUUUGAUCGUUACGAAUCAAAUAAUCAUCGCUUAUUAAAUAAGAAUAGUAACGGCUCAUUAUAUAUUCCUCCCAUAAAUCAAGAACAUAGCAAUAAUGUGGUCAUAUCUCCUCCUAGUAAUAAAAAUAACACAGAGAAUAGCUCUUCACCUGAACGUGUAAUGCAAACUUCUUUGUUAUCAGGCGAUUCUAUAUCUGGUAUUACUGUUAAAGUGAUUGGAAGUAACAAAAAAAUAAAUGAUAAGGGUAAAGAAGUUUUAGCGUUUGUAAUAGUUGUUGGUAAAUCAAAGGUAGUGGAUGCUGUAGUUGUUGGUAUGGAGAAAGAAUUAUGGAGGAUUGAAAAGUUAUAUUCCGAUUUCUUGGGAUUGGAUAGUAAGUUAAAACAAAAGCAGCUCAAAAGUGUUGCAAAUAAAAUUGGUAAAUUACCCGAUAAAACUCUUUUUCACAAUAAUUCACCAAGUAAAGCUGAUCAAAGAAAGUUGGCUUUGGAACACUAUUUACUACAUGCAAUUUCUUUAAAUUUAAACGAUUCUAAAGAUUUGUAUGAGUUUCUAAGUUCAGAUGUUGUUGAGCCAGAUGACAAAGAUGAUCAGUUACGUGGUCGUAAAGAAGGUUAUCUUACCAAGAAAGGCAAAAGUUUUGGUGGUUGGAAAACUAGAUAUUUUGUUUUAGAUGGUCCACUUUUGGAAUAUUAUGAAAGUAAAGAUGGCAGCCAACUUGGGUUCAUUCGUAUAACAAAUGCACAGAUUGGCAGACAAAGUAAUGUAAAUAACGAUUCAGACAAAGAUAGCGAAAACUCUUAUAGACAUGCCUUUCUAAUCUUAGAAUCAAAACCCAAUUCCAAGAAUGCACAAACAAGACAUGUUUUAUGUGCAGAAAGCGAUUCUGAUAGAGACGAGUGGAUAGAAAUAUUACUACAAUAUGUUGGAGUAAGUAAUAAUACCGGGCAUAAUUUAAUAUCUCCAAGAGAUGAGUCAGAAAAGAUUAAAGGUAGUACACUUGAACCAAAAGAUCCUUUGCCUCUUGGUAAUAGCACAACACAUUUACACAAGCAAUUAAGCCUUAGAAGAGAUCGUCACAAUGAUGAACAUAAAAAAGCAGUAAGAAAAACUUUUUUUGGUAGUAUGUUUGGUAGUAAAGAUGAUAAAAAGAAAUAUCAAGAUCCGAGACCAGAUUCUAAUAAAGUUGUAUUUGGAGUUUCACUUGAUCAGGCUAUUGCCGUCUCAAGAAUAAAAGAAAAUUAUGAGCUACCAGCUGUCGUUUAUCGUUGCAUUGAAUACUUGGAUGCUAAUAAUGCAGCUGAAGAAGAAGGUAUAUAUCGAUUAAGUGGGGCAACUGCCACUAUAAAAAGGUUAAAGGAACGAUUCAAUACAGAAGGCGAUGUUGAUUUAUUGAGUGAAGAAGAAUAUUAUGAUGUGCAUGCAGUAGCUGGCUUGUUGAAACUCUAUCUUAGAGAAUUACCAACCAGUGUACUAAGCAGAGAUUUACAUUUGGAAUUUGUAAACGUUAUUGAUUUACUUGGUAGAAAAGAUCGUAUAAAUGAACUUGGUCGACUAGUGUCUGCAUUACCAUUAUCCAACUAUACACUGUUAAGAACAUUGACAGGACAUUUAAUAAGAAUUGUUCAAAAUGCACAAAUCAACAAAAUGACUGCAAGAAACAUUGGAAUAGUUUUUUCGCCUACGCUUGGUAUACCAGCUAGCGUGUUCAGUUUAUUCAUGGCAGAAUUUGACUACAUAUUCUUUACUAAUAGUGAUGGUGUUGCAGCACCAAGAACAAUGGACGCAUCAUCGGAAGAACCUGAUGUUUCAAAGAAUUCUCCAGUCGCACUAUUACCUGUAACAGCUGUUCGUCGUAUUGACAUUCGUGAUGAACUCACAGGUAGAAAUAAUCGCAACAGUGUACAUUACAUGGAUAGUGCACCUGAGAAAGUUGUGGGUUUAGAAAAAAGAAUGACAGACGAAACAACAACACAAUCAGUACCAACAUCACCAAGGCUACAUACAACACAACUCCCCACAAUGAAUUCCGUACCAACAUCAAGUGAUUUAAUAAAAUCGAACGACACAAUAGAUUCGAUGCCUGGAGUAUUUUCUGAACAUCAAAAACAAGAUUACGAAAAUGAAAAUAUUAGUUUACCAACUACUAUUUUUCAAAGACUUUAG